AUGGUGUUAGAUUCAAGUCAGAUGAAGGAUAUUUCUGAAUUGAGGAAAAGGCGUGGUGUAAUUAAAGCUUCACUUACGCGAAUGAAGACAUUCGUCUCAGGAUUUGAUAUAAAUGAGGAUCCAAUCACUCUGUUGGAAUUUAGACAAGAAGAGUUGCCCUCAAUAAAUAGAAAAUUUGAUGAUACACAAACUCAACUGGAGCUUUUAGUUGAAGAGCAAGCCUCAGAAGAAGAAGAGCGUACUAAAUUUGAAAAUGAUUAUUAUUGUAUUCGUUCUCAAAUUCAGGAAAUUAUUAAUACGAAGAAAUGUCUUAACUCAAGUAUUAACAAUAUGUCUGUCAGUGCAUCAACCUCAAAUAGUCGAGUCCGGUUAGAACCGAUUUCACUGCCAACCUUCACUGGUAACAUUCAAGACUGGCAAUCGUUUUACGAUUGCUUUCGCGUCAUGGUGCAUGAAGAUAAUGGAUUUUCUUCAGCGCAAAGGUUUUAUUAUUUAAGGUCUCAUCUUGCUGGUGCUGCACUCGAUUUAGUUAAAUCCGUACCAAUGACAGAUGUAAAUUACGAAGUUGCAUUAAAUCGAUUAAAACAAAGGUAUGACAAUCCAGGACUUGUUAUUCAGUCACACAUUCGCUCGAUUUUGGAAACUCCAUACAUACAAAAACCCUCGGCAAGUGAAUUACAAGGUCUUCACGCCCACAUUUGCGUUCAUAUUGCCGCUCUUAAAGCUAUGAAGCAACCAACGGAUCAAUGGGAUGCCUGGUUAGUAACAAUUAUAGUCAGUAGAUUGGACACAGCAACAAGUCAUGAUUGGCAAUUACGCCAAGAAUCCACAGACUUGCCUAAAUACGCAGCAUUAGAAAAGUUUCUGGCAAACAGAUGUGUUGCAUUAGAGAAUUCUGAUUACAGUAAACAGAUUUCUGGUGAAGUAGACAGUCAGCGAAAUUAUUCAAAGGGGAAGGAAUAUGAGCAAAAACCGAAAAAAGUCGCUCUAAUAGCUGGAACGGAACAUGAAGUCUGUCCUAAGUGUAAGGGUCAACACAGAAUAUAUAGUUGUGAAGGCUUUAAGAAACUUACCGUAAUAGAACGCCUAAAUAUAAUAAGAGAUGCUAGACUUUGUUUUAAUUGUUUAUCCGGUGGUCAUUUAGCGAAUGUUUGCAAGUCCAGGUAUUCAUGUGGUCGUUGUCAUCGCAGACAUAAUACACUACUUCAUCUUGAGGGAAGACCAGAUAAUACCACUGAAAACGUAACGAAUGAUGCACAGGAGGCAAGCUCUAUGAUUGCACCUACAUCUCAAGGCCAUGCACAUGCAAUGGCUGCUACAUUACCAAAUAGUUAUGUUUUCUUGUCAACGGCGGUAGCUAUAAUUAAAGACAUAAAUGGAAAGGCUCAUAAAUGUCGUACAGUUUUAGACAGUGGUUCCCAAUUAAAUUUUAUAUCUAAAGGGCUGCAAAAUAAGCUGAAAUUGCCCAGUGAAAGGGUUGUAUUACCAGUGUGUGGAAUAGGUACAAGCCAGUUGCAAACCACUUCAAGAGUCAACAUUCAGUUACUGUCAUGUGUCUCCGCAUUCAAGCUAGAUAUUGCAUGUCACGUUUUACCGAAUAUAGCAAGUGAUCUUCCAGCAUGCAGGAAACCUAAGGAUGGUUGGCAUAUCAAUGAGAAAUUAUCCAUACAAUUAGCUGAUCCUAAAUUCGACCAAGCAGGCCCAGUUGAUGUAUUAAUAGGAGCAGGUGUAUUUUUUGAUAUUAUGACUCCUGAAAGAAUUCCGUUAGAGAUUGGCAACGUAUCACUGCAAGGAACCAAGCUUGGGUGGGUUGUAACUGGUGAAAUUGUAGCAACCUGUCUUUUAGGAGUUGGAAGGCCACAAGAAGAAGACUGGGAAGCAACUCAGCGUGAAGAGAACCAGCCAUUCGGCCGAUCGUCAAAGGCCAACCUACAAUUCUCGGAGGAGCAAGAAGCUGUAGACCAUUUCAUGAAAACAGUUACUAGAAACUCUGAUGGCCGUUUUGUUUUACGAUUACCCACAAAGCCAAGGGUCAAUGAGUUAGGAUGUAGCUUGAAUAUGGCAACCUGUCGUUUCAUGAACGUUGAGAGAAGGCUUCAACGCGACGAUCAACUACGAAUGGAGUAUAGCAAAUUCAUGACCGAAUACAUAGAAAUGGGCCACAUGGAAGAGAUUAAAGAUAAUGUUACAGCUAGACCCACGUUUUAUUUACCACAUCAUGCUGUCAUCAAAUCAUCUAGUUUGACAACGAAGGUCAGAGUCGUUUUUGAUGCGUCCGCAAGAGGAUCGAACGGUAUUGCAUUGAAUGAUGUGCUAAUGCGAGGUCCAAGUACUCAAGAAGAUUUAUUUUCCAUUUUGAGUCGGUUUCGCAAGCAUCAAUUUGUUAUUACCGCAGACAUCGAGAAGAUGUUUAGGCAAGUAUUAGUGGCCAAGGAAGAUCAAGAUCUCCAACGGAUAGUUUGGCGAGAGCAUCCUAGCGAAGUUUUGCGAAAAUACAGAUUGAAUACAGUCACUUAUGGCACGACCCCGGCAUCCUUUAUGACAACGAAGUGUUUGGAUGAAUUGGCUAGGCAAAAUGAAGUAUCUUUUCCAUACGCAGCCAAAACAAUAAAGAGAGAUUUUUAUAUGGAUGAUAUUAUGACUGGAGAUGAUUCAGAGGAAGAAUGUUUAAAGUUGCAACAAGAUGUUUCAAGGAUACUCAAUUCAGCUAAGUUUCCAUUACGAAAAUGGUGUUCGAAUUCGGUUACAAUAUUAAGAAAAAUUGAAGGAUUCAAUGAUGAUCCAUUAUUUGUGUUGAAGUUAGGAGACCAUGAGACAGUUAAAUCGUUAGGUCUGUGCUGGAAUCCUAUGGCAGAUGUGUUCAAAUUUAAAUUGGAAAACAACAAAUUAGAAGCUAUGGUAACUAAACGAGCUCUUUUAUCAGCUCUGAACAGCAUCUUUGAUCCGCUAGGAUUUUCAGCUCCAGUUUUAGUGAAAGGCAAGGUGUUCCUUCAGCAACUGUGGCAGAUGAAAAUUAAUUGGGAUUCUCCUCUACCAGCUGACAUAAAGUCAAGAUGGCAGCAGUUCUGGACAGAUCUUGUAGAACUUCAAAAACUAGAGAUUCCAAGAAAGGCGAAGGAAGCGUCAAACCAAGAAGUUGAGAUUCACGGAUUUUCUGACGCUUCUCAGAAUGCGUAUGGUGCUUGUAUUUAUGUUAGAAGUAAAGAUCACCUUGGUAGAUGGCAUGUAAAAUUGAUAUGCGCUAAAACACGUAUAGCACCACUCACUGGGGCUACAAUUCCACGCCUAGAGCUUGGUGGCACAUUAGUCUUAGCCCAGUUAGCCCUAAAGAUUGCGAAAUCCUGGGAAAUUGAUAUCUCUCAAUUUUGGCUAUGGACUGAUUCAACAAUAGUUCUUGGAUGGAUAAACAGUCACCCUAACCGUCUCAAGACAUACGUAUCAAAUAGGAUAUGUCAAAUUUUGGAGAUAACAAAUAGUCAACAAUGGCACUAUAUCAGUACCAACGAGAAUCCAGCCGAUGUUUUAUCCAGAGGAAUAAGACCUCAAGACUUGCAGGAAACAUUGUUAUGGUGGCAAGGGCCACUGUGGUUGAGAGAAGACGACAAGGGUUGGAAGGAAGACGCGAAUUUGUGGCCAAGACCAGUAGAGCUCCCAGAAUUAAGGUCUAUAAAGUUAGCUUUAAUAACGAUGGAACCAACAAGGGAUCUAGUUAAUUUUUACUCUGAAUGGUAUAGACUUCGGCGAGCAGUAGCCUGGAUGCAUAAGUUUGUAGAUUAUCUUAGAUCAAAACGUGCAAAACCAGACAAACGUUACCUUACUGCUGAAGAGUUAGAAAGAGCUGACAACACACUGCUGAAAAGAGCGCAGAUAGACUCGUUUAAUAGUGAUAUUUUAGCACUAAUAUCCGGAAGGGGGUUAUCCUGCCGAAGCAAGCUAAAAUCAUUACAACCUAAAUUAAAAAAUGGGCUGAUGGUAGUUGGUGGACGCUUAAGAAACGCCGACAUACCACAAUCUCAAAAGGAGCCAAUUAUUCUCGCAGGGAGCGAUGGACAGAUUCGAGUAGUAACCAUCCGUUUAUCAAAUGGAAAUGAAAUAAAACGUCCCGUUGUAAAGCUCUGCCGCCUACCCGUUGAAGAUGAAGCAUAA